UGUUUAUAUUUCAUUAUGUUGUUGACGAGGAAUCACAAUUGAAACUAGGGAUUCGUUUCUUCUGGUUCUUCUCUUGCGCUCACUUCGGCAAUCGCAUUGGUCAUCAUGUCUUCUUCUCUGAUACUCCAUGGAAGAAGAAGGCUCUUCUUCGAGUUCCAGAAAUGGCGUAACUCGAGAUUCGCGGUGAACAUUGUGAAAAAUGCAUCUGCUUUCUCCUCUGCAAGUGCUUCUGCUGCAACUCUGAGUCGAAAAGGUCACAACUUUACAGUCUCUACUUACCUCGUUGAAUCACUGGGUUUCACCACAAAACUCGCGGAAUCCAUUUCGAGGAAGGUGAAUUUUAAGGACAAGGGCGAUCCUGAUUCUGUUCUGGAUCUCUUUAGAACUCACGGCUUCACAGAUUCUCAGAUCUCCAGUAUCAUUAGGGGUUACCCGCAAGUGCUUAACGCAGAUUCUGAGACUUGUCUUGCUCCCAAGCUUCAAUUUUUAAAGUCAAGAGGAGCUUCAACCUCUGAGCUCACAGAGGUUCUCUCCAAAGUCCCUAAAAUCCUGGUUUCCAAAAAGGACAAAGCUUUAAGUAUAUACUAUGACUUUGUCAAAGAUAUUGUAGAAGCUGACAAGAGUUACAAGUUCAAGAAGUUGUCUCCUUCUUCUUCUUUGCUGCCACAGGGUAGUAAACAGGAGAACAAGAUGAGGAACCUAUCAGUUCUGAGAGAAUUAGGGAUGCCUCAGAACUUGUUAUUCUCGUUGCUAACAUCCAAUGUCCAGCUUGUAAGCGGGAAAGACAAGUUCGAAGAGUCACUCAAGAAGGUCCUAGAGAUGGGUUUUGAUCCCACCACCACCACCCGUAGGUUUGUGGAAGCUCUGCACUUGCUUUACGGAUUGAGCGACAAAACAAUAAAAGCAAGAGUUAAAGUCUGUAAAAGGCUAGGCUUUGCUGCGGAGGACGUGUGGACGAUCUUCAAGAAGUGGCCAAGCUUCCUGGCAAACUCGGACAAGAAUAUAGCUGACUCUGUUGAGACAUUCAUAGCCCUGGGCUUCAGCAGAGAUGAGUUUGUGGUGAUUGUCAAGCGGUUUCCUCAGUGCCUUGGAUUAUCUGCUGAGUUGGUGAAGAAGAAGACUGAGUUUUUGGUGGAGGAGAUGGAUUGGCCGCUUAAGGCUUUGGUUUCAAACCCUGUGGUGCUUGGACUGAGCAUGGAGAAGAGGAUUGUCCCCAGGUGUAAUGUAAUCAAAGCUCUCAUGACUAAAGGAUUGCUUGGAAGUGAAUUCCCUCCCGUAUCUUCCGUCUUGUAUUGUACCAAUGGGAUGUUUUUAGAAAGGUAUGUGAUGAAGCAUGAUGAUGAGCAGCUUGUGGCUGAGUUGAUGGCUAUUUUCACCAGAGGUCCUGUUUCAACUUAAUGAACAACUUUAAUGCUUGUUA